UCAGGUGUGUCGCCCGUAACAGCUCAGCCGCCGUCCUCAGCCUGUCUGGAUGGAAGCUUCUCUCUCACCUGAACACGUAGAUCCAGGCGGCACGGUUUCCACAGAGGCGAGACCUCCGUAGGGUAGGACCAGACAGACACGCCGAAGCCCAGAGAGAUCAGACAGGAAAAGUACAACAACAGCGACAACCAAAGCGUCCCCAUGGAGACCGGCGGAAAGGCCGAGCACGAGGAGGACACUUCCAGUACUGCUUCCAGUGCAUCAGAUGGAGACCUGUCAGAUGAGCCCUCGGAGAGGAGCGGCAGGGCAGAAGGGGAGAAGCCAGCCCCUCCCAAUAGCCUUGCACUGGGGUCAGAACCCAGGAAGCGUCGCUUGAUGGCCCCGGCUCUCAGCCUAUCACUGGGCAGGAGUGAGUCCGUCGUCUCGGAGGAAUUCCUGUCUGCUGCCAUCUCACCUUCCAUCGACGAGGAAGACCUAGGGUUGGACCUCGACCUGGACGCCAUGGAAACGCCCUCGGACAGCGAGUCCCUCCACUUCCCCUCCCAUGAUCUGGACCUGGAGGAAGACUUCCACAGGCUGGGCGUGGCAACGGGUCGUCCCAGGGGGCGUUCGCCGGUGGCGGGGCCGGAGGCCUCUGAGGAGGGGUCCCUGGAGCAGGACCAGACUGACAGCCAGGGCACCAGGUGGCGCUGUUUCACCACGGGGGAGCCUCCUCAGAAGAACCGGGUCAACAUGAGCGUUCUGGAGCCCUACCUGAGGGUGCUAUCCCAUGGAGGUUACCAUGAAGAUGGGCCAGAUGACAUCAUCGUCUUCUCCUCUUGCUAUCUCCCUGACAACAGCACAGAGAACUACCAGUAUGUCAUGGAUAACCUCUUCAGGUACGUGAUUGGCACGUUGGAGCUCAUGGUGUCUCAGGAUUACGUCAUCGUCUACCUGUGUGCUCUGACCCAGAGGAACAAGCUGCCCGCCAUUGGCUGGCUCAGAGAAUGCUACACCGCUAUCGACCGCAGGCUCAGGAAGAACUUGAAAGCUCUCUAUGUGGUACAUCCCACCUGGUACAUCAAGGCCCUCAUCACCAUCAUCAAACCCUUCCUCAGCUCUAAGUUCAGCAGGAAGCUCCAGUUCAUCUCCAGUCUGGAGGAUCUCUCCCAGCACGUCCCCACAGAGGGGCUGCAGAUCCCAGACGGUGUCCGACAGUUUGAUAAAAGCAUGAGCAGGUGAUGCUGGACACCCGUACAAUUAGGAGCAGUCACACAAAAUGGUAGAUGGAAUCGCCCACUUCUGACAGCCAAUCAGAUGGCAGGACACAUGGCCAACAACCAGUAUCAUAAGUCUAAUGUCUACAGGGGCUGGCCCCUCCUACUUUCAGCUCGUACUGAGAAGACACCCUAACCCUUCAAACAUUCAUUAUAUAAGUUCCAAUAUGGCUGUUGUUACCAUGGCAAUAGGCUGGCAGACUAAACAGGUUCCUACCUGAGGGUCCUCUUGUUCCUACCCGGUAAGAGUCUUAUAAGAGAUGUGGAAACAGCCCAUAUAGUCUGUUUGGUUCAGGAGCACUUUUUCCUAGCAGUUCUGUCGUUGUUGCGUCAUGUUCUAUCUUUUACAUCUUCUGAUAUCUGUUAUCUUCAGACUGAAUGUGAAAGACAGUUCUUAGUUUGGGCAACCAACAACAACAACAAAAAUAUUUGGUACUGUCUCUUUUUUACGGUCUCUCCAUCACAGUCUUUCUUUUAAUCAGUCUGUCUUUUACGGUGUCUGUAAUAUUCACCUGAGGAGGGAGCGGCAUUUCAGUUCCUUGUAAAGGUGUCUUGCAAACAGAGAUAACUUAUCUCAAUGUGAUUAAGCUGUAUAAAAAAUAAAUGUUUAAUAAACUGUCCACACUU